ACACGUUCCUCGAAGAAGAAUCGACUCCGAAUCGUAGCAUACCGCGGGAAAUGGUGUUGUGAUAGAGUAGUGACUAUGAGUGCGUGACGACGGGAACGCUUACGACGACUGGCUCACGCGACGAGAGGAGAGUCAGUUGAGAAUUCGACUCGACCGUGUCUGUGCUCGUGCGUGCGUGAAUGCGUGCGUGCGUGCGUGAAGGAAGGAACGACAAUUGGUCGGAAUGGAGGCGACACGGGUCGGUUUGGCGGCUGUGCUGGGGAUCGUCUGGUCCCUGGUUCUGAACGCGGGCCCGAUACACGGGCGCAGCAUCACCAGCCUCGAGGCACCGAGCGGGUGCGAGUGGAAAAAAGACGGAGAGGACGGAGAAAAAGGGCUGGCCUGCAGGGUUAGGACUAUCGCCAACGUGCCCAGCCUAAUUGGCAAUCUCUCGGCCAUUCAAGUGGACUCGAUCAGUUCUUUGGCCUUGGAAUGCAGUGACGUGUUGUUCUUCGAGAGCCAGAUAGACGGGCCGCACGGAUUCUUCUCCCCCCUGCCCCGUUUGGAGAAGCUUCGCGUGGAUUAUUGCAAGAUCCGCUAUCUGCCAGGCGGGGUUUUCGCGUCCGCGCACAACUUGCGCGCCUUGUCGUUGAUCACGCACAACGGUGACUGGUCGGCGAUGAGUUUGGAGCUUCACAGGGAUUCGUUGCGCGGCCUCGCGCAUCUGCAACACCUCGAUCUGGCCGACAACAAUCUGUGGACGCUCCCGGCCGAACUGCUCUGCCCGGUGCAGAGCCUCGCCACGUUGAAUCUGACGCGCAACAAGUUACAGGACAUCGCCUCCCUGGGAUUCUCCGACUCGGCCGAAUCGUGCACCCCCAGCCUCGAGGUGUUGGAUCUGAGCAACAACGAUCUGACCACCAUUCACGAUCGAGCGCUCGCCAAUCUGCGCAGCUUGACCGUGUUGAAGCUACAGGAGAACGCGAUCAACGCCGUGGGUGAUCACGCUUUGGCCGGUUUGACGGCGUUGCACUCGCUCAACGUGUCGAGCAACCGUCUGGUCGCGUUACCGCCCGAGCUCUUCUCCAAGACGAAGGAGUUGAGAGAGCUGAUACUCAGCAACAACUCGUUGGCGGUGUUGGCCCCCGGCUUGUUGGACAAUCUGGACGAGUUGCAAGUGUUGGAUCUGAGCGGCAACGAGUUGACGAAUCGUUGGGUGAACAGGGACACGUUCUCGAGGCUGGUACGCCUCGUGAUUCUCGAUCUCUCGCACAACGCGCUCACCAAGAUCGACGGCCACGUGUUCAAAGGAUUGUACAGCCUUCAGAUACUGAAGCUCGAGCACAACGAGAUCGAGACGUUGACGGACGGUUGCUUCGGCUCCCUCACCAACCUCCACAUGUUGACCCUGUCCCACAAUCGGAUAGCCAGAUUCGAUCCGGCGCACACGAUCGGCCUGACCACCCUCAACCAACUGUUCAUGGACGCGAACAAAGUGAGAACCCUUCAUCGCCACGUGUUCGACAAUCUGACCGGGCUCCAAGACCUGUCCCUGAGGGGCAACUAUCUCACCGAGAUCCCGUACGCCGUGCGCGUGCUACGCUCGUUGAAGACCCUCGAUCUCGGGAACAACCACGUGUCGCGGAUCGAGAACGACUCGUUCGCAGGUCUGAGCGAGUUGUACGGGUUGGGGUUGGUCGACAACAGGCUGGAGAACGUGUCGCGGGAGGCGUUCGCCGCCCUGCCCGCGUUGCAAGUGUUGAAUCUGGCCAACAAUUACAUCCGUCACGUGGAGCAAAGCGCUUUCGCGGCCAACCCCGUGCUGCGCGCCAUCAGAUUGGACGGGAACCAAUUGACGGAGAUCCGAGGCGCGUUCACCAGUCUCUCGACCCUCGUCUGGUUGAACGUGUCCGACAAUAAGCUGCUGUGGUUCGACUACAGCCACCUUCCGCCCAGCAUAGAGUGGCUGGACAUACACGCGAAUCAGAUAAGCGAGCUGGGCAAUUAUUACGCGGUACGGAACACGCUGCGCAUAAAGAUGCUGGACGCGAGUCACAACCAAAUCGGGGAGAUCGGGGAGGCGAACGUGCCCGACAGCGUGGAGACCCUGUUCCUCAACAACAACAGGAUACGCACGGUGGCCCCGGCCACGUUCUACCAGAAGAGGAAUCUGCAGAAGGUGGUGUUGCACGGGAACGAGAUAAGGAGUUUGGACGUUGCCGCGAUAUCCCUGCAAACCGUGCCCGACCACCUCGAGUUGCCGCAAUUCUACAUAGGCGAGAACCCGAUCCUGUGCAACUGCACCAUGGAAUGGUUGCCGAGGAUCAACGAGAUGGCCACGCGUCUACGCCAGCAUCCCCGUGUCAUGGACCUCGACUCGGUCACGUGCGAGAUGGUGCACGCGCGCGCCACCCCCCGAAGACCGUUGCUCUCGUUGCGGUCGAAGGACUUCCUGUGCCGUUACGAGGCCCACUGCUUCGCCCUGUGCCACUGUUGCGACUUCGACGCGUGCGACUGCGAGAUGACCUGCCCCGACAAUUGCUCGUGCUACCACGACCACAGCUGGUCGAGCAACGUGGUCGACUGCUCGAACGCCGGCUACAACCACGUCCCCGAGAGGAUACCGAUGGACGCGACCGAGAUAUAUCUGGACGGGAACGAGUUGGGCGAGUUGGGCAGCCACGUGUUCAUCGGGAAACGCCGCCUCGAGGUUCUCUACCUGAACAACAGCGGGAUAUCGGGCAUUCACAAUUUCACGUUCAACGGAGUGGGCGCGUUGCGCGUCCUCCACCUCGAGGACAACGCGCUUCGCGAGUUGCGAGGCUUCGAGUUCGACCAGUUGGAGCGUAUGUCCGAGCUGUACUUGGACCACAACGCGAUCGCCACGGUGGGCAACACCACGUUCAAGAAGAUGAAGAAGCUCGAGGUGUUGAGGUUGGACAGCAAUCGGAUCGUCAACUUUCGCCCGUGGGAGGCGUUGCCCAGCGUGGGGGACGGCACGAGGGUGGUCGCGUUGGAGGGGAACGCGUGGAGCUGCGAGUGCGGGAACGCGGCGAAGCUGCGCGCUUGGCUGGCCGAGCAUCGCGGCGACCCCGAGAAGAUGUACUGCCGCGACGGAGUGGAGACCCUUGCCCAGGCGAUGAAGCGUUGCGGGGCGUCCACGGAGGCGGUGAGCCGAGGUAUCGAGGAGUUGCCUCUCCUAGGCGGCAACCUGGUCCCCCUUCUGGCGGGCGCGUUGGUCGCGGUGAUCGCCAUCUCCCUGUUCGUCGCCCUCGCGUUCGCGUUCCGCCAGGACGUACGCCUAUGGGCCCACGCCCGUUACGGCCUCCGCCUCGGCAAGAUGACCGCGCCGCCCGACGAGGAGAGGGACCGCCUCUACGACGGUUACGUGGUGUACAGCGAGAGGGACGAGGACUUCGUGUCCAGGUUCCUGGCCGCCGAGUUGGAACAGUCGGGCCUCGCGCUCUGCCUCCACUGGCGGGAUUUGCCGCCCGCCAGGGCGCAGGAGGCCGUGCCGCCUGCCGCGGCGGCCGCCAGGCGGAUCGUCAUCAUAUUCUCGCCCGUGUUCCUCGCCAACGAGUGGCAACACGCCGAGUUCCGCGCCGCGUUGAGGACCGCCCUCGAGAACAUCAGGCCCGGCUCGAGGAAGAGGCGAGUGGUCGUCCUGUUGGCAACCGAGGCGCCCGCCCGGGACCCGGAGUUGCAGCUACUCCUUCAAACGUGCACCGUGGUCGUGUGGGGCGAGAAGAGGUUCUGGGAGAAGCUCCGUUUCGCAAUGCCCGACUCCGUGGUGGGGAAGAGGCGAGACGGCAAGACGAAGAAGAAGGUGAACGACCGGAAUCGGAAACCGGCGCGUUACACGGCCGCCCCCUCGGCCGGCGACGCGUGGACCAAGCCGGCCAACAACAACAAUGGUGGCGUUUUGGUCGCGCCGGUGCACGCGCCCACGCCCACGCCCACGCAGUCCACGUACGUGAGCUCGGCGAGCAGCAGGACCGAGGACGAGGACAGCGGGGCCGAGCACCAGCACCACCAGCACGGGGGUUACAGCGCGUUGCACGCGGGGGGCGCGAGGCCUGCGAGCCUCUCCUCGAGGGGUAGCCAUCUGUACAGCACCAUACCGGAACCCCCGCUCCCCACCGCCCCCCCGCCCGCCGACGUCUUGACGCAUCCGGCCAAUCCUCGUACUUACUUCGUCUAGUACAGACGGUCGUCGUCGCCGCCGC